AUCAGCAGAAUGCGGAAGUGAUACCCCCCCCAGGGCAGUAGAAAUGCAUUGAAAAUGAGGUUCAGGUUUGGGAAAUUAAACGCUAGUAAAAGUACUGUCAUUGCUUCUUUCGUGUAACCUGUACUUUUGACGAAGCAAUAGUGCUGCAACUUGAAUUAUGAAACUCUAACUUUUUUUUAUUUUCGUGAUAGAAAGGACGAUUUGAUCAUCGACCUAAGCCUGAUCCUUUCUGCCAGCCCAUGUACCCAUUCUGCCCUACAGGCUCUCCUGAUGGGGAGAUUCCUCAGAUGAAAGAUCAGGACAUUAUCGAGGUUUAUCGGCUUCAGACCCCUGUCUGGGAGUUCAAAUACGGAGAUCUACUUGGACAUUUUCAUAUCAUGCAUGAUGCAAUUGGUUUCCGGAGCAUGCUGACAGGCAAAAACUAUACAAUGGAGUGGUAUGAACUCUUUCAGCUUGGGAAUUGCACCUUCCCACAUCUUCGACCUGGAAUUGAAGCUCCUUUCUGGUGCAAUCAGGGAGCAGCCUGUUUCUAUGAGGGAAUAGAUGAUUUACACUGGAAAGAAAAUGGUUCUUUGGUAAAAGUAUCUGAAAUAACUGGUGACAUAUUCAACAAACUAGCCCAGUGGGUGAAGGAGGAUAACAGAACUGGUAUAUAUUAUGAGACAUGGACUGUUCAAACUGAUCCUUCUCCAAACGCUACAGUGUGGUUCAAAUCUUACGAUUGUUCAGCAUUUGUUCUGAGAACCUACCAGACUCUGUUUGAAUUAGGUGCUGUCUUUAAGAGCCCUAUACAAACUAACUAUACUAGAAUAUUUCUUUACAGUGGUGAGCCAACCUAUCUUGGAAAUGACACAACCAUAUUUGGGUUGCAAUGUAACAAGACUUUAGGAAAAGAAAUUACUUCCUUUUAUUUUCCUUUUAGACCACCACAUUCAGUGAAGGAACUGAUACUAAGUCUGUUAGAAAUAGUCAAUAAGGUUGUACUGGAGAAAACCUUUUAUCUUUAUUUCAAUUUUGAGUAUUGGUACUUGCCAAUUAAAAAACCCUAUGUUAAAAUAACCUAUGAAGAAAUACCUCUGCCAUCGAAAUCAACAGGUGCUUAGCAACAUGUGCAGAAGGAAAACAACUGUUGAAAUGUAAGCUUUGGCACUAUUUUUGUAUAUCAAUCCUUUUGUAUCUUACUGUGUACAAAGUUAAUGCUAUUUAAUAUUUUUGUUCUUUCCCUUGUGCAAUAGUAUACAGUAGAAAACAAUUCUGCAUCAGAGCUGCAGAACAAGGUAUAACAACAACAUUGUUUACAAUUAUUAACCAAGUUAUUCCAUCCCCUCCCCACUUGUGAAAUAGAAUCCCAGAAAACAGUAGCUAAGGCUUUAGAUAUCACACAUCCCAGAAUGAUUAACUCCAUCAAGUGGAGCUCUAUUUGUGACUGGGAUUACAAUUCAUAGAAUUACUUUAAAAUGUGCUGGUUAAAUACACCAUUUCAUAGAGAUGUACAGCACAGAAACAGACUCUUCGGUCCAACUUCUGAGCUUUGGGUCAGAAAAGGGAAGAAGAGGAAUGCUGUUGUAACCAAUAGUGUAGAGUGAAUGAUGGACGACUGAAAAUAGUGGAUUUCAGAACAAUUUAAUUGUACACUUUGCUGGGUUCUAAUGAUCUAGCAUUCAGCUUCAAUUCCCAACUAAAGUUGCAACUUUUUUACAUUGGCUCAAGGUUUAGAAUGUGAUCCACAACAAAUGUGCACUGUUAAUUUGGCUUAAUGAACUUUUGACUUGUAUUGGACAUGUUUAUAUGUACUGAGAUAUUUACAUUCCUUCUGAAAUUAUACAGUUUACUUUACCAAUUUACAUUAUUUAAGCUUCAAAAGUUGACUUUAGUUACUCAAGUAGUAAGUCUUCCACAUCACUAAGUUGCUAAUGCUAUUAGAGUUAACGUCUUUCUAUAUCUAAAUAUGGCAGCGUCCUUUAAUGGCUAAAGAAUUUUUUUCAUUGCAAGUACUUCACCUGUGAUCUGCCAAUUCAUUGCUUGUCUUCCUUGUACCAUAGAAAUAUUUUACAACAACUUCCAGUCAGUCACUUGUAGAGUUGCACUUUCCAGCUACAGUUAUUCUAAGAAGUUUGAUGAGAGUGAAGGAGCUGGCUUUACUGCUGCUUUUGCCUAAUUCCAAAGUGAGGAAGACCUAAGCUGAGCUUGGUAGCAGAUAGCAAUACAGCAGGUUUCUCUGCUUUCACCAUUUGACAGUCUAAACGCCGUUGUCAAUGUGCCACACCUGGAAAAGUACCAAAUACUUGUAGGUGUUAUUUUCUGUGCCACAAUAUACUUUUUGAGCAAUCUUCAUUCUUCUCCUGAGAGGGACAGAUUUUCAGGGUUCACCAAGAGAAGGGAGAAGCUGUUGAUUCAGAGAAGACUUCUUAUCAGCACUGACUUUUUCACAAAUGAGGUAUUUUAAUAUCCAUCUCAGCUCAUAAUCUCAUAUCCAAGCAUCUUCAACCACUUUAGAAAUGUGGAUGUUUGCUAAUGAUUACAUGAGCACCAUUUCCCACUACUCGCUCAUUCACUGAAGCUGUCCAAGUUCAAAUGUAGCAAGAUCUGGACAUAACUAGGUUUGGACUGGUAAGUGAUAUUCGCACUACACAAAUGCCAGGCAUUGGCCAUCUCCAAGAAGAGACAUGCCAACCAUUGCUUCUUAACGUUUAAUUGCAUUAUCAUUGCCAAAAACGAGUUGCUAUUGAUCAGAAACUGAACCGGAGCAGUAAUAUUAUUAAUGUGGCUAUGACAGCAGGUCAGAUGUUAAGAAUUCUGUAUUGAGCGAUUCAUUUCCUGUCCCACCAAUGCCUAUUCAUCUACAAGGCACAAGUCAGCAGUGUGCUGAAAUUCUCUCUGCUAGCCUAGAUGCGUGUAGCUCCAAAAAUACUUGAGGAAAUUUGAGACCCUAUCCAAUGAUUGAAUGUUCACUCACUUUACCACCAAUGCACAAUGGCAGUGGUCUACAAGAUACAUUGCAGUGAGACACCAAGACUCAAUUAACAGUACCUUCCAAACUACCUAGAAGGUUAAGGGUAGCAAGUAAGUGGGGACACCACCAGCUGCAGUAAUACAACAUCCUGAGUUGGAACUAUACUGUUCCCUCACUGUGUUAAAACCUAGGAAUCCACCCCUGCUAUAGGUGUCCCUAUACCUCAAGGAUGGCAGCUGUUCAAACGCUAGAUCACCACCACUUUCUCCAGAGCAAGUAAGAAUGGACAAUAAUUGCUGGCCAAGUGAGUGCCACUGCCAUCCCUUGAACAAUUUUUUAAAAAACUGGUAAAAAAAGGAGUGCACCUUACUACCGUUGAAUCACUGUUCAUAAUGAGUGAGGGACUACACUAUUGUCUUUAACUAUAUAAACAUUCCAAGUAACACUUUAAGAAUGUAAUUUCAGUAAGAUAGUAGCUAGAUCCAGCUUCAACCUUUUUUGAUCAUGAAGCUGUGACAAUACAGUGGUUGCAGAAAGUUUUCAUCCUGGAGAUCAAACAGUGAACAAAUGAUCUUACCACAUCCUGGAAAGUGGAAUCUCUGAAUAGAUGCAGUGACAAAAGAAACCAGGAGAAUGAAAUGGGUUUCCUUUCAGAAGCAGAUGAGAAAAGGUCAAGAUAAAUUUGGGCAUGUGGUGGGGGGUGGGGGGAGAGGGGCUUGUGAUGGCUAUAAGUGGAUAAUCUAUCUCCAGAAACAGGAAGAGAAGUCAAGGAAGGGAAGAAUCAGAGGUAGGCCAAGAGAUAAUGAGAGAAGGAUGGAAAUUUAAAGUAAAACUGGUGAUGUUUUUCCCCCCAAUUCUGGCCAGUAGCAAGAAGCAGCAUAGAUGACAUCAUCGCACUGGAGUGAACAAAAAUACUCUUGAAUAAAGUACCUCAUUAAAGUUGGACUAUAGUGCUGGUUCUGAGUUUAAAUAUGUUGCUUCCCAAUCCCUCAAGUGAGGAAAUAUUGGUCCCAAAAGAGAUUUAAAAAAACAGGGUAUCAAACAAAAACUGAACAGAUGCACACUGCAGAGAAGUACAUUCCGUUCAGAAUUCAGGUUUGGUCCUUCCCCUUGGAGGGGAUUCCAAGGAACAGGAUUUAUUGUAUUUGGAAAGGCUUGUACUGGUUAGGCCAGUCAACAUGGCUUUGUGGGGAAAAUCAUGCCUCAUUAA